GCGAAUAUCACCGGCCCCUUCGCCGAGAUCACCAUCGGAGCGGGAACAUCUGCCGUUGUCUUCAACCUUCCGAAAGGCCUGCUCUGCAAAUCAUCCACGUACUUCAGGGCCGCACUGAACAAUGGCUUCUCCGAGACUACAUCGCAGCGAAUCGUGCUCGAUGACGAUGAUCCCGAGAUUUUCAGAACUUACGCCGUUUGGUUGGUUCAAGAGGAACUAAAACGCGAAUACCUCACUGGAAUCUUCGGGGUCGAACGCCACUUGUCUCAUCUAUACAUCUUCGCGGACAAANGAGGCAUUGUGAACCUCGCGAACGAUGUUGUUACCAUGAUGGUUUCUUACUGGACAUGCGAACUUAUCGAUAUGAGCGUCACUCAAGAUUGUCUCCCUUUGAUCUCAUCACAAUGCACUCUUUACCGACUUACACUGGAUAACCUGAUUCUGGAAUCUAGGUAUACUACAUGGGAUGAAGGGCGGUGGAAAAGUNUUGGUAGUCAUCCUCAAGACGUGAUGCUGGAACUGUUCCACAAGGAACGUUACUUUCCUGAUUCCUUCAAGCAUCCGGAAGAGUGCCUCAAAUCAGUCUGUCAUUAUCACGAGCAUAACGGUGAUCUGAUUGAACAAGCGGAUUGUGCUUACAGAUUGAAAAAAGGCUGCAAUAUGUGGGAGGACUACACACACGAUCACCUCGAACAGGUCGAAUGGAGAUGUUGCCUUUUACCUACUUUACUCACUAUUCAAGAUGUGGCAUACAGAAUCGCUCUUUACGUGUUAAAUGCCCUCACCGGCCCCAAUGCUCAGAUCAUUGUUGGCUGUGGCAACCACAUUCAAGAAUUCAGUAUUCACAAGAAGCUCCUCUGCGACUCGUCUACCUACUUCAAAGCGGCUCUUACCAACGGAUUCGCCGAGACACACAACCAGAAAAUCACUCUGGACGAUGAGAGCCCUGCGGUCUUCCGCACGUACGCUCUAUGGCUUUACNGAAAGAGGCUGAACAGAGUUACAAUGCCUUCUGGUGAUCAAGAGGCUGAAGGACAUAUGCUCGAGCUCUAUGCCUUUGCCGACAAACGUGGCAUCCCCGAUCUAGCAAACGACACUAUCACGAUGCUAGCUUCACGAUGGGCGUUCGAACCUGUGGAUUUGGACAACAUAGGGUGGCUGUUCGCAUUCAUCUCGCGCAGCAGCAAACUCUAUCAACUUAUAGUGGACAAAUUGGUUCUGGAGCUCCGGAACGAUAGCGAAGAACUCGAAUCUCGGCUCAUUAAUGGAGAUCUGCCGAGCAUAGCUUUGGUCGACCUUCUCCUCAGAAGCCAUUCCCUUACGGAAGACUUUAACGAGUCCCAAGAAUGCUUUGAGUCCGUCUGUCACUAUCACCUUCAUGGCCAGCAGGGCGGUAUGCGCGAGGAAGAUUGCAUUCGCCGCAUCGAGGAUGGAAUCAAUGUCUGGGAUGACGAUAUUGACCGCGAGCAGCGAGAAUGGGGUUGGGAC